AUGUCUUUACCCGGGAAUGGAAUCUUUGUGGUCCAGGGCGAGAUGGCUAUGCUGGUCACCGCCAUGCGAAGGAGUGCACGGUGGGGAUCUCACUCUUUCCCAAACGAAGAAUACGAUAUGCUCAUGCGAACCUUUCAAGACCUGAAAAUAAUUUUGAAUCAAGUUGAUGAUCUUCGUCUAUUAGAUCCUGCAACUUAUUUAAGCCCUUUCUUAGAAGUGAUACGAAGCAAGGAAACAACGGGACCCGUCACAAGCUUAGCACUAUCAUCUAUACAUAAGUUUUUAUCAUAUGGGCUGAUAGACCCCACACACCCAAGUGUUCCUGCCACAGUGGAGGAUAUAGCAGAUGCUGUAACACAUGCUCGGUUUGUUGGCACAGACCACUCAUCGGAUGGUGUUGUUUUAAUGAAAAUAUUACAAGUAUUACGAACACUGAUGCUGAGUCCUGAGGGUGCCAUGUUGACAGAUGACAGUGUUUGUGAGAUUAUGCUCAGCUGUUUCCGAAUUUGCUUUGAAACUAGGCUUACAGAGCUUCUUCGUCGUAAUGCUGAACAGUGCCUCCGAGACAUGACACAACUUAUAUUUAUGAGACUACCUCAGUUCUCUCCUGAAGAUAACAAUACUUUUACCACUAUUGGCCUGUCUCUAAAGCGAAGAGAUAAGGUUAACAAAAAGAAAUCCCUUUCUAAUGCUCACAGUACAAACUCCUUGGACAGAAAAUCGCCAGUUACUGACGCUUUAGCAAAUGACACCCAACCCGAUACCGAAUCGAGUAAGGUCCCAGUUCUCAAACAAAGUCAAGACAAAGAUGUAAUAAAUGAAGAGGAGAUAACGAUAGAACCAGACGAAACUAAACCAACGACCAAGCAUGGACGUCACUCUUCCAUGGACUUAGCUAAUGGUAACACACCUAUCAGUCAACUGCUGGAGAAAUGUGUCAAUUCUCAUGAAAAGGAUGAAGUGACUACAGGUGAUGCAAAAGAGGAGAAUGAAGUGUCAGCCGAAUCACUCGAAGCUCCCGAAAGUGCAGAAAAAGAUGUAAACCAAGAAGCAAAAGAAGAAAAGGUAGAGGAAUAUGUCAACCAUCGCGGUAUUAGAUUCAUGGCCCAGGAUGAUACUAACUUGCAACCGUAUGGACUUAGCUGUAUUAGGGAGAUAUUUAGGUUCCUAAUAUCUCUAUGUAACCCACUGGACACUCAGAACACGUCAGCGAUGGUACACCUGGGACUGCAGCUGGUCGGAACUGCGUUGGAAGUGUCGGCCGAUAGACUGGCACAAUAUCCCUCAUUGCUAUAUCUAGUCAAGGAUCCACUUUGCAGGAAUUUGUUGAGUCUUCUUGACACCGAAAGAAUAUCAAUCUACGCCCUGGAUUUACAAAUCUGGUUCCUCCUCUUCGAAGCUCUACGCGUCCACCUGAAAUUUCAAAUGGAAGCAUUCUUCAAGAAGAUUAUAGACAUAAUAUCCACGGAUACAACCAAAGCAAUCUACGAGCUAAAGGAGAUCCACCACAUCACGUUGGAGAAUUUGUCCCAGAUAUUCAGAAUUCCUGGCCUCUGUACGGAGAUGUACUUGAACUUCGACUGCGAUGUUUAUUGUAUGAAUGUCUUUGAGGAGAUGACGAAACUGCUGUCGAAGAACGUUGUCUCUUCCACGGCGUAUAAUAUCCAUUCGUUGUCAUUGGAGGUGCUGAUGACGAUCAUUGAAGCGAUCGAAAUGGGGACGAGCCAGAAGGAAAGGAGUUUCGAGGAGAAGAUAGUUGUGGAGGAGAAGGGGGAGUUUGAUCGUGGGGGACAUGUUACGUUGGAAUUGGGGGGACUGGAUGAUGUGUCGGUCGUCAGUGAUCACGUGACUCAUGAUAUAAGUCAGUAUUUUGGGGGGAGAAUGGGGAGACAUAAGCCCACGAUGGAACUGCCGACGGAGGCCGAGUUGGAUAACAUCAAGAAUUUGAAGAAGUGGGUUACCCAAGGCACAGAGCUUUUUAAUCAAAAACCAGAACGCGGUAUAGAAUACUUGCAAGAACACGGCGUACUGGCAACACCACUUGAUCCAAAGGACGUUGCCACUUUCCUCAGAGAAAAUCCUGCUUUAGACAAGAAAAUGAUAGGUGAAUAUAUAUGCAAACGUUCGUCCAGAGGCGAAGAUGACGACGGACCGAGCGUAUUAACAGCGUUUGCGGACAGUUUUGAUUAUUCUCAGCUGCGAAUUGAGCAAGCUUUGCGGCUGUACCUAGAGACGUUUAGACUGCCUGGGGAGGCCCCGCUCAUAUUUCUCGUUAUGGAGAAGUUCGCUGAACGAUGGCAUACAACGAACGGAUGUCCGUUCGCGAACACGGACGCCGCUUUCCGACUCGCGUACGCAGUCAUAAUGCUCAACAUGGACCAACACAAUCACAACGCGAAGAAACUCAACGUUCCAAUGACUCAAGAGGACUUUGUCAGAAAUCUUCGUGGGUGUAAUGGUUCAGGAGAUUUUCCUACUGACAUGUUGAAAGAGGUGUUCCACUCUAUUAAAAAUGAAGAGAUGGUAAUGCCAGCGGAACGAGUAGGUCCAGUCCGUGAUGCGUAUUUAUGGAGGGUUCUUCAGAGAAGGGGAAAGACUCCCGCUGCGAUAUUUCGCCUGAUUCCCCCUUUUCAUCCACAUCAUGCGAGGUUGCUGCCCAUUGUGUGUCCACCUGCUGUAACAGCCUUAUCAGCAGCGUUCGAACGCUCAACACCACCGACAGUGGAAGAGAUAGAGUCGAAUGCCCGCGAUUGUAGUGCGCUGAUAUCUCUCAACGGCUUAGAGAGAUGUGCGGCGUUGGUAGCAAGACUGCCGGCAGAGACUUUGACCCUGGAUACCUUGCUGCUGACUCUUUGCAAGUUCACGGGACUCUUGACUCCUCAGCACGCUUCAUAUAUUGCUGUUGGGGUAUCUCUCGGCCAGUCAAGUAAAGCGCAGUUGGCGUUGCGUCGCGCGUGCGCAGUGUGGGCCCAACACGCUGAGUGCGUGCGCACGAGUUGGCGACAUCUAUUGGAGAUCACUAAUACGUUGUAUAUAGGACGUUUAUUGCCUAAGUGUUUAGUAGAAGCAGAGGACUACCUGUCGUCUACUGGAACUGUAUCUUUAGUUCGGGAAGCGGCUCGUGGAUCUGAAAGCGGUCUACUCUCUAGUAUCUACUCGUACAUAGCGCUCGGGGAAUCUGGUAUCCGUGCUCCAACACCCCACGAGAAAGCUUUGAUAGAUGCAGCAAUGGAAUGUGUGGGGUCCUGCAACUUCCCGGGGCUUCUAGUAUCGGAGACGAAGUUUUUGCCUGUCGAGAGCUUACAGGAGCUAAUUCACGCAAUGAUAACGGUGGGAACUCCAGCGGAUUCCGACAGUUUACAGCUGAAUCCGCAGUUGGAAGAUAUCACGAUAUUCUUCUUCGAGCUGCUGGGUCAGACGCUCAUCCAGAAUCGCGACCGUCUCCUGGCCGUAUGGGAGGAGUCCGGUCCCCAUUUAGAACGAGUGGUAUUCUGGGCAGCCAGUCGGGGUAACUACGCGAUGACUCGCGUAUUAACAGCACUUCUACGAACAGCUGCGAGGUUGAUGCGAUGCGAGUUAUGCGCGCCCACAGUUCUGCUACACCUGCAACUGCUGUUCCGUUUGCCAUAUAAACUCUUCUACCAGCAGGCUGAUGUGAUAUCGUGUGGCGUAUACGAAAUAGUGAAGACGUCAGCACAGAACAUUCACAGUGGAGCUGAAUGGUCGGCCUUACUUUCCAUACUUAGUGCUGCUGGAGCUGGUGCCUGGCCCCGCGAUGCGUCUAUGCCUUCCGGUAAGUCAAAUCUUUUCUAUGACGACCUAUUUCUUUUAGCACGCGAGCAGAGAACCAAUCGGUCCAGAGGUCUAUGUCAGAACAUGCCAAAGAAUGCAUUAAUAAAAACCUUUGUAUGUAUGGCCGCGAUUUACCCAAAAACAUCCAAAACAUAA